UUGUAUUCGUUUCCGGGUGGAUUGACAACACGAGUGUUGCUGUUUGGGUUUGGGGGAGAUGAAUAGUGCUCGUCCUUAUCGCGCUUGAGUGUAUAACCACAGACUGCAGUGAUGAGAAUUUCUACGCAUAAACUGCAGCAGCUGACGAUCUUCACCACUGUUUUGACCGGUGGAGGAAUCUGUACCAUGUACUACCUGAUGCAGAAGAACUUUGCCAAAUCUGAAUACCAUCGCUUGGCUGUGGAACGCCUGGAGAACCACCCCGAGGCGAUGGAAGGACUGGGGGCUCCCCCUCUGAAGGUCCACAACAUCCACCUGUCGGACAAAGAUAACCGCAUCGACCAGAACAUCGCCAAGGUGAAGAUCCCUGUGACGGGAUCAAAAACUGGAGGAUAUCUGUAUACAAUUGCAUCCAAAGAUCCUGCUACAAAUGGAUGGCAGCUGAAGCUGGCCACGCUGCAGCUCAGGGAAGGACAGACUUUUGAUUUGUUAACCGGCCCAGAGCAGCCCUCUGUCCCCGUAGAGCACCAGGCAGAGACACGGGAGUACGAUGUGGAUCUGGACCAGAGCAAAUGGUCUCGAUGACGAGCUGUGAAGCCCACCUCAUGCAGAGAAGUGUUGAUACAAUAAUUAUUAAACGUCAAAGCACAUGCUUAAUGACUGCUGAGUGGAAUACCACCUCUAUUGCAUCUGGGGGGAAAGAGAGAUACUGGACGAUCAUCUUCUUCUUCUUCUUCCACGACUCAGAGGAAGAGCAGGCACACGUUCAACCUAUGAACAAUUGGAUGGAUGUCCCCAUCUCAUCACUAAUGAUUGCAUUUGACUUGUGACCCUGGGGGCAUUGUUUGAACUGAGUGUUGUUGUAAAAUAUAAAUGAAUGUAAAUGUAAAGGGACUAUAUUAAAUGUUUUUUAAUGCAACAGUCUCAAGACUAGUGUAAACACAAGAUUGUAUCAAAACGUAAUUUGUGCUGCUUUGAUGAGGUUAUCAUUCAGGUUUUAUCGUUAAUAUGUCAAACCGGAUUUCAUCCGUCCCACUUUAUGGACAAUGUGUAGCUGCCACGCCUAUUAACAUCAAUGCUGAAUAAUCUCUUCAAUGUGGGACACAGAGACAAGAAACCAAACGAUAACAUACUGUUUACGUUUAAGACGCACGAUUUACGUAUUUGCGGUAGAAUCUUUGCCGUAAUUAAAUUCAGCAUCCGGAAUGAGACAACAGCUGACUGUAUCUUUGAACGAA